CAUAGUAAUUUCGCUCUGUGCGUGUGAGAAAAGGAAGAAAGGAGGGUUUACGCUGGGUUAGAAGGAGGACACUGGCGCUUUAUUGCCAUUAUUGCUCGCAAUCAUUGCCCAUUUCCACCUUCUUAACCUGGCGAAAUUUUGAACGGUUAAAAUGGAGGCGGACAGAUCCGGCGGAGGACCAAACCCGAACUUUGGAGGCGGCGGCGGCAGCAGCGGAGCGGGGCGCAACCCAAACGGGCCCAAAGCAGCACCGGGCCAGUCAGCACCAGUAGCGGCUACCGGGGCGAUGGCAGCGGCGGCUGCUGCAGCAGCAGUCGGAGUCAUGCCUGGGUCGUCUCAUCCCCGAGAAUCACAGCAGGACGGCGAUUCGGGAAUGACUCUCCCCGGGAUCUUGCACUUCAUCCAGUACGAGUGGGGACGCUUCCAGGCCGAGAAAUAUCGCUGGGAGGCGGAGAGGGACGAACUUCGGGCUCAGGUAGCAUUCCUCCAAGGUGAGCGGAAAGGACAGGAAAACAUGAAACAGGACCUAGUAAGACGGAUUAAAAUGUUGGAAUACGCUCUGAAACAAGAAAGGGCUAAACACCAGAAGCUGAAGACAGGAAAUGACACGACCACCGGUGACAAGAAACCAGAGAUGGAAGCAGAGCCACUUCCCAACGGCCCAGCUGAGUCAGACUCAGAACCGGCCAAUCAGAUGUCCUGGAAGGAGGGACGUCAGCUUCUACGCAAAUACCUGGAGGAGGUGGGCUACUCGGACACCAUACUGGACAUGCGCUCCAAACGUGUGCGCUCCCUGCUGGGCCGGAGCAGCCCCGAGGCCAACGGACCCCCACCACCCGAAGCCUCCCCGGAGUCUGAGACGCGAUCGGGCGGAGAAUCCUUGUUGGUCCGACAGAUAGAAGAGCAAAUUAAGAGGAACGCAGGCAAAGAAAGCUCCAAGGAACGUCUCAGUGGUUCAGUGCUCGAUAAGAUCCCCUUCCUGCACGGAUGCGAGGACGACGACGAAGACGACAGCGAUGAGGAAGACGACUUCCAAGGCAUGGCCACGGACUGCAUCGACGGCCCUCGCAAGAACAAAAAGUCACGUGUAAAGAUGGGUUCAGAGCCCAUGACCACAGACCUGGACCCGGAGGACGAGGAGGAUGAGGACGACUCGGAAGACGCCCUCAGUGAAUUUGACUUUCUGGGCUCCGGGGAGGAUGGGGAGGGGGCGGGAGAGGCCAGGAUCUCUGGGGACGGACGGGAGUUAGAGAACCGCAGGAACAAGUUACAAGGCAUGAUGUCCGACUUCCCCUCAAAACCUGCCCCGUCUCCCUCUGUGUCUGGACAAGCUCGCUCUGGGGAAGGUGGCGCCUUGGGUUUUUCUUCGGACGUCUUCAUUAUGGACGCCGUCGGAGGCGGAGACAUGAACUUGGGUGAACUGGCUGACCUCACCGUUGCCAAUGACAACGAUCUCUCCAUGGAUAUGCAGGAUAACAGAGAGGAGUUUAAGAAGACGUGGAACCCCCGUUUCACGCUACGCAGCCACUUUGAUGCCAUCCGUGCGUUGACUUUUCACCCCAGCCAGGCGGUCCUGCUCACAGCCUCCGAAGAUGGAACACUAAAGCUGUGGAACCUCAACAAGGCCAUGCACUCCAAGAAGAAUGCAGCUUUAGAUGUUGAGCCCAUCUACACGUUUAGAGCGCACAGUGGUGCCGUUCUGUCACUAACCAUGGGAGAAGGUGGAGAUUCCUGCUACAGCGGAGGUCUGGAUGGAAGCGUGCGAUGUUGGAAGAUGCCGGACCUCAAUGUGGAUCCCUACGACAACUACGACCCUGGCAUUGAGAGCAGCGUGCUGGCAGGCCACGAGGACAGCGUGUGGGGUCUGACGUACUCCGCCGUCCACCGACGACUGGCCUCGUGCUCGGCGGACGGCACCGUUCGCAUCUGGGACCCGCGGAACUCUGCCCCCUGCCUGUCAGUCUUCAACAAGGAGAGAGAGCACGGAACACCCACCUCGGUGGCCUUUGUGGCGUCUGACCCGAACCAGGUGGUGGUGUCAUUUGAUGGCGGCGAGACGCUGCUCUAUGACCUCAGCACGGAGCAGAGCAUCAUAGCACUAGACACGCAGACCAAGGAUGGAAGUGAACUCAUUAACCGUGUGGUCAGUCACCCCUCUGAGCCCCUCUCCAUCACUGCACAUGAGAACCGCACCAUCCGCUUCUUAGACAACAAGACUGGUAAAGUGGUCCACUCAAUGGUGGCCCACCUGGAUGCAGUUACAUGUCUGACCACAGACCCUAAAGGCACUUACCUCAUCUCUGGCAGCCACGACUGCUCGGUGCGCCUGUGGAUGCUGGACAACAGGACGUGCGUUCAAGAGAUCACCGCCCACCGGAAGAAGCACGACGAGGCCAUUCACGACGUGGCCUUCCACUGCUCGCAGCCCUUCAUCGCCAGUGCUGGCGCCGACGCGCUCGCCAAGAUCUUCGUCUGACAGCACUGCGGUCACACCGGACACCCUCGACUGGGUCAAACGAGAGAACAGCGGACGUCAUUCCCUCCUCUCUCAUGCUCGCUCACACACACACACACACACACACACACACACACACACACACACACAUACACACUGUUGUCCUGCGCCCCACUGGCUGGGUUAUUGUCACAGGACGUCGCAGCCCCUCACUUCCUCGCAGUUUUAUGCCUCAGUGACUUGUUGUUAUACGAACCACACUUCUGUUUUUUAUCAACUCUACAAGCUCCUCUGAUAUGAAAAAAAACACACAUGGAGAAACACUUUUUUCUACACUACAGUGCGCUAUUGUGCUUUCCCCCCACCCCACCCCUACAAGUCUACUCAUUUCAAUGCACGUGACAAGUAGAUGUGUGUGCAUGGCGCACAAACACAACGUCGCAUUUCUUUUUUUUUUUUUGUUAAAUAACUCAAGAAACUUGUAGUCAUUGAAUGAACCAGUAAUUAGCCUGCUGGUAUCGCAUAGUAUGGCUGACAAAGGUGAUAUCAUUCCAAAGACUUUAAAGGAGCAGUGUGUGUGUGCGUGUGUGAGUGUGCGUGCGUGAGUGUGUGAGCGUGUGGUUUUCUUAUUCAAGGUCCGAGAAUGUUGUACAUGCCGAUAUUUCACCUUAAUAGCUUUAAUUUCAACUUUGCCACGACCUGUAGGUUCACUGUGUGCGUGUCAUGAACGUUUCAACCCAUUCAAGGUUGGGAGCAGGCCUGUCACGAUUGCAAAUUCUGCUGGUUGGUUAAUUGUGCUACAAAUUACCGUCGAUAUUCGAUAUCAUCGGCAACAUUUUGUGAAACCGUUUUUUCAUAAAUGAUUGUCAUGAGAGGUGUAAUUCACAUUUGAACCACUAGAUGGUACUCAAGUAUAGUGUACGGUGUACCCGUGUGAGACAUUAGCUUGACAAAAAAGUUGCUGUAUGUAUGUUUUUGCAAUGUAGCCAGCGACACUGUCUGUGAGCGCCCACCAUUUUUUUUGCACUGUUUUGUUUAUAUUUGCCGACCGAGCACCUCCAUCGGUAGUUGUUUUUUUUCCCGAUUGAGAAAACUGUCCGUGUUGGUCAUCGGUGUUCAUUCUGUUUUGAAGCAAAAUAUCCCCACACUGUGGCUGUGGCAUUCGCGCUUGUGCCGUCAUUCACGUUAGCGUAUGCUGGCUCACCGAGCUGGCUGCUCCGUAUCCACUCACUGGUAGCCCCGCCUCCACAAAGAAGCUGAAUGAGAGGACAGAUGCAGAGUAAAGCCUCUCGUCAUCCAGCCAGCAGAUCAACCACACGCAUACACGCACACGUCCGCUCAUCCAGGGUGUCAUAAUUAGCCACCUGGUUUUGUUUUUAUCGUGACAGGUCUAGUUGGGAGGGAGUGCAGGGUGAGGCCUGUGUGUGUGUGUGUGUGUGUGUGCGCGUGUGUUGGCGGCAAAUUUUUACUGUACAGCGUGUGUGUCUGCGUUGGCACUCGUCAAAUCAUGGUGCUAUGAAAGCAUGUGUUAGGAUUUGUUUUGCACGUGCAAGGAAGACACUUCAUAGUGGACUCGUCAUUCAUUUCAAGUGUGUGUGUGUGUGUGUGUGUUUUUACUAAAUCCCCUCCUCUGUGAGAUGCGAGUGCAGCUUCCUCACAUUGUUUUGUGUUCCUUUGGUUGGGGUCAGUGGGUGCAUUCCGGCUUUAAAAAAAAAGAGAAAAAGCUGGUCAUCAUCUUGGCUGGUCGUGCACAAGUUGCACAGUAGCACGUUAGCCUCCUGGACGCUAAUGGCGGUAGCAUGUCUCCUCUCCCAGGAGAAAAAGCUCCAUCACAUCACAUCCGUCACUUUUGUCUCCACACACAGGAAGCAGUGUCAUAAGUGGGGAAGCCGUGGAAGAGCGUGGUUUGUUUUUCUUAGGAGGCUUCACUAACCUGCUAUUUACUUGGGGGAGUGCAGUUUUGUAGUAGUCUGUUAAGAAUCAUAAAAAAGCAUACAUGGUGUAGAUAGGCACCCCCUGACUUUCCAUGGAGUCCUAUAGAGCAGGGAUGGGCAUUGGACUAAAUGGGGACGAUGAGUCCAUUUCAUUGUUUUUUAUGGGAUUCAUCUUUGUGUUUUUCUUUUUUUUUAACUUUCUAGAACAAAAAGGGGGAUGGGGUCUGAUGUUCCCUUAUGUUGCCGGGAAAUGUCCCAUACUUUCAGGUGUUGACAGGUAUGAGCAGAAUAAUGAAAUGAAUAAGGAGCAGCAAUAGAGAGGAAGUUGCUGAGUUGCUCCGACAAAGCCAGAAGGACAGCGCCUCUGCUGGUUGCAGCCAAGCAGCGCACGUCCGGUUCAGCCUGAACUGCUUCACCAUGUUUACUGAUUAGUCAGCUAUUAUGCCCAUCCCUAGCAGAGACUGCAAAAAAGUUGUCCGACUGGCAACUUGUUAAGAUAACAGGGUACCACGGGGGUCACAGAAAUGUUCCUAAUCAUCAAGAGGAGCCCGGCAUUCAAACGGAUCUUUUUGUCCCCACCGAGUCUGAAUUUAUCCUUUAGAAUGGCGAUUCAGUCGCAACUGGUGGGGUGGGUGGCGGAGCACCUGGCGCUCUAGUCUGUGCUGUUGGCUUGCUACGCCGCCACGAGGUGCGUGCCACAUUCAUGUGCCACUUUGCCAAGCUUGAGCGGGACAGGAACUUAAAGGGAUAGUUGGGUUGUUUAGACAUGACGUCGUAUGACAUCCCCAUCAGCAGUCUAGCACAUCAGAGACUUACCCCCCCACCAUGUUUCGUGAUCGGCGUUCUGGUCGGAUUUCGGAUGGCGUCAUUUCCUCUUGGUUUGUACGACUACAUGUUCUCACCUGUCCACAACUACAUUCUUCCUCGGCGAAAUCCCACCAGAACUCCACUCACGGAAGUCACCGUUGAUGGGAUGUCCUACAACUGCAUGUCAAAAAAUCCCAGCUAUCCCCUUAACGUGCCGUCCGUCCGACACACAGCUGCUGAUAUCUGCUGGAGAAGAGCGUGCCAUAAAGAGAGGGCGGGUCCCGCAGCCAUACCGGUUGAGAACCACUGCUUUCAAACAUGCCGGUGUUCUCCUUCUCCAGCAGGGAACCACAAGACGAUGGUGGUGUCCCACAACUGUAGCAGCAGUGAGUCAGGAUGAGUUUUGCUAGCAAAGGGUACAUUUCCUGGAACCGCAACUUGCGUAUGCCAAAUUUCAAACCUGCUGUUGGAAAACACUCAGGAGGACCAGCAAUUAGUUGGGUGCAUGUGCCACAGUGCCAACUACUGGCCUGGCAUACACAUUGCAGCCUUUUCUGUUGUUUUGGCGAGGGGGGUGUUUUGAAAACGGUGUCUUUGGUCAGUGCUGUGUCAACACAGUGUGGACUUCCUGUACAAAACAAGUGUCAAUCCGCAAUAUUUAUCUCGUGGGGUUUUGCUCAAAGCCGGUGAGAGUGCAGACAAAUCAGUGAGAAAAUGAAAAAAGUCUUUGUUGGCUUUCUUUUCUUGCGCCUUUUGAUUGCAAUGAAGAUGUAAGAAUUCUGUAGUAUUCUGAAAGUGAUUCAUUCUCCUUUACUAGGCGUAGGACUUGCUUGUGAUUGAUAACAAUGUACAACUUGUAAAAAAAAUACAAAUAAAUCACAACAUAAAUGCAAAAAAAAAAAAAAAAAAAUCAAGAAAACAACAAAAAACCUACCAGUCAGAGGCCAAGGUAAAGGACUCCUCUUUGUGUUUUUAUUUUUUUAUUAGCAAUUUAUCACUGUGUGAUACUUUGUACAUCAUAUUACGCUGUAUUCAAACUAUUUCCUCUAACUACAAGGGAUAAGAGACCUGCUUUUUAUUAUUAUUAUUAUUAAUUUGGUUUUAUUAUAUAUUUUUGAACUGCAUUCUAGCUUGUAUCAAAUGAGACUCCUGUUUUUUUGUUUUAUGGGUCGCUUGUAUGUUGUUAAGGAUAAAAAGGAUAAAAACAUGAUUUUGUACAGUAACAGUGUGUGAAUUGUGUGUUUUCUCUAGCUUAUACUGUAAUACACCCACCGUCACAUUUAUAAUAGAAGACCUGUAGCCAAUAUCCUCAUUUUAUGGUUCAGCACGUUUGUGAUUCAUUCAUUCAUUUACGGCUGCAAUAAGUUCGUUGUACUGCUACUACUUUGGCAAACACCGCCCCUCUGUGGCCAAAAGUGGAACCACAACAAAUACUGGAUUUGCCCACAUUUUACGUUAUUCUGUUUUGUCUAAUCUCAGUCUUCCUUUGUUUUCUUUGGCUAAUGUGUGUGGUUCGCAACUGUUUGUUAAAUGAGAGAGAGAAAAGUGCAUUUUCAAAGGUAAUGCUUGAUGUAAAUGAAUAUCUGACAUUGUAGAUCAGAUCAUUAGUUUUAUAAAAUGCACAUAUUUUUUCUUUUUUAAGUAAAAAAUAAUGUAAAAAAUAGUGACUGGGUCUAUAUUAUGUAAAAACAACAACAACUUGCAAACACCCUAAAACUGUUGGUUGCUGUUAACGUGUAAACAUCCAUCCAUUUCCUAUGCCGCUUCUCCUCAUGCUGGAGCCUAUCCCAGCUGACUUUGGUGCACCCUGGACUGGUCGCCAGCCAAUCGCAGGGCACAUAUAGACAAACAACAUUCACCCCUGUCACCAAUUAACCUGGCAUUUUUGGAAUGUGGGAGGAAACCCACGCAGGCGAAGAACAUGCAAACUCCACACACAGAAUCGAACUCCAAGGGAGAAUC